UGUUUUAGCAUGAAGAAAUGGGAGCGGACGCCAUCAGCUUUGUCCAAUUCACUCAACAAGCCCACAUGUCCACAAGCAUCAAAUCAGAUUAGACCAACACCAAAAUCCUACGGUUACAAGUAGCUACAAAAUAGCCACAACCCACAAACGGAGAGACUGAGAGAGCAAUUGUAGAAGGAAAGAGAAAAUUCAGAAAUGAGGAAGUUCGAUCCAUGGCCGAUUUUCUUCAAGCGAGAAUGGAACAGGAACUGGCCGUUCCUGGCUGGGUUUGCCAUCACCGGAACCCUCAUCACCAAGUUAUCUCUUGGCCUCACUGAGGAAGACGCUAAGAACUCGGCUUUCGUUCAGAGGCACAAGAGGUGAUUUCUGGAUGCUGUUGUAGCCACCUUUCUUCUCUUGUUGCGGAGGGGGAGAUUUGCGUGCUUUUUCAGAGACUUUAAUAACGAAAGAGAAAUGCUUUAGAUACUCUUUUUUCUUGAAUUUUCUUUUAUGUUUGGAUGACUUGAAUAACAUGAGAAGAAAGACUUCUAUUCAUUGGUUUUGAACUUGGUGCAUUUGGCUAGACAAUCUUCAAAAAUGAAACAAAAGUUGUGUUA